AUGUCGGGACAAAUUGCAGUUGGACUCAAAAAGGGUCACAAGGUGGACAAGCGCGAGACUCUCCUCAAGCCAGGAGCGCGUAAAGGGCGCUGCGGUAAGCGAGUAAAACUAAUCCGUGAUCUCGUGCGGGAUGUUGCCGGAACAGCGCCGUAUGAAAAAAGAAUGAUGGAAUUGCUUAAGACGGGACGCGAUAAGAGAGCUUUAAAACUAUCGAAAAGAAAGCUUGGUACGCAUGUUCGCGGAAAAAAGAAACGUGAAGAAAUUGGUAAUCUCAUUCGUAAGAUGUCUGCGAAACGUGCAUAA